GAAACUGAGGCCUAUUUUGAAGCGAAAGACAAAUCAUUCUACAAAAAUGGUAUCGAAAAGUUGGAAGAUCGCAAGUACAAGAAAGCAAAGAACAGCAUAUGGAUAAUGUUGAGAAUUUUUUGAAAGAAUGUUUUGACGCAAAAACUGUACCUACUUCCUUAACUGAAUUCUUGAAAUACAUAAACAAAUUAUCCUUUGAUGAAAAACCUAACUAUGAAAAGAUAAAAAAGAUGUUUGUCAAAGAAAUUGAAAAGAACGAUGAUAAAUUAACAACACCUCUGGUUUUCAAAAAUGGAAGACAAAUAUCUCCUAAAAGGAAACCUGAACAGAAGGAAUCCACCGCUAAAAAAUUGAAAAAGGAUGAAGAAGAAUCUGAUGAAGAGACUGAGCUUGAAAAUGUAGAUAAGAAGACAGUAAAAAAAGUUGUAAGAUCUAGAAAAACUACAGCAAAACAAACAGAAACUGAGGCCUAUUUUGAAGCGAAAGACAAAUUGUACUACAAGAAUGAUAUCGAAAAGUUGGAAGAUCGCUAUAAUCACUGUGUCGCCCUCGAAGCAGGCAACUAUGUUGAAUAAUAAAAUCGA